AUGCUGCGGAUCCUGGGCCUGGCACUCUGCAGCCUGCUGACCUGCACACAAGCCGAGCCUGGGGCUCUGCUGCGGCUGGGCAUGGACAUCAUGAACCACGAGGUCCAGAGUGCCAUGGAUGAGAGUCAUAUCUUAGAGAAGAUGGCAGCUGAGGCAGGCAAGAAACAGCCGGGAAUGAAACCUAUCAAGGGCAUCACCAAUUUGAAGGUGAAGGAUGUCCAGCUGCCCGUCAUCACCCUGAACUUUGUACCUGGAGUGGGCAUCUUCCAAUGUGUGUCCACAGGCAUGACCAUCACUGGCAAGAGCUUCAUGGGAGGGAACAUGGAGAUCAUCGUGACCCUGAACAUCACAGCCACCAACCGACUUCUGCGGGAUGAUGAGACAGGCCUCCCCGUGUUCGAGAGUGAGGGCUGUGAGGUCAUCCUGGUCAAUGUGAAGACCAACCUGCCUAGCAACAUGCUGCCCAAGGUGGUCAACAAGUUCCUGGACAGCACCUUGCACAAGGUCCUCCCCGGGCUGAUGUGUCCCGCCAUCGAUGCAGUCCUAGGGUAUGUGAACAGGAAAUGGACCAACCUCAGUGACCCCAUGCCUGUGGGCCAGAUGGGCACUGUCAAAUAUGUCUUGACAUCCACACCAGCCACCACAGCCAGCUACAUCCAAGUGGACUUCAGUCCUGCGGUGCAGCAGCAAAAGGGCAAAACCAUCAAGCUUGCUGGUGCCGGGGAGACCUUCGCGUUCCCUGAGGGUUAUGCCGAGGGCUCGUCGCAGCUGCUGCUCUCAGCCACCCUCCUCUCCUCAGAGCUCACCCUUCUGCAGAAGUCCUUCCACGUGAAUAUCCAGAAUACCAUGAUUGGUGAGCUGCCCCCACAAACCACCGAGACACUGGCUGGCUUCAUUCCUGAAAUGGCUGUGGCUUAUCCCAAGUCAAAGCCCUUGAUGACCCAGAUCAGGAUAAAUAAGCCUCCCAAGAUCACCAUGAAGACAGGCAAGAGCCUGCUACACCUCCACGGGACCCUGGAGAUGUUCGUGGCUCGGAGACGGGGCAAAACUACAACGUCCCUCUUUCGCCUGGAAGUGCACUUCAAUCUGAAAGUCCAGUACUCAGUGCAUGAGAACCGGCUGCAGAUGACCGCCUCUUUGGACAGAUUACUGAGCUUGUCCCGGAAGUCCUCAUCGAUUGGCAGCUUCAAUGAGAAGGAAUUAACUGGCUUCAUCACCGACUAUCUCGAAGAAGCCUACAUCCCAGUUGUCAAUGAUGUGCUCCAAGUUGGGCUCCCACUCCCGGACUUUCUGGCCAUGAAUUACAACCUGGCUGAGCUGGACAUAGUGGAGAAUGCCCUGAUGCUGGACUUGAAGCUGGAGUGA